GUACUAUAAUUUUUUUUAGAAACACCAAAUGGUGAAAUAUAUAAUUUAACAAUCAUAUCAAUUAAACUCAUAAGAUAUAGAUCGAUUCGCCCAUAAGUCAAUAAUCAAGUUGGAUCUCUAGCCACAAUGGGAGACAUUCAUGAGCUCUAAAAGAGCCAGCUCACGAGUUUAGCUCAACAAGUCACCGAGUCGAGCUAGCUCGCGAGCUUCACGAGCUGAACAAGGUUGAGCUCGUGCUCGACUCGUUAAUAAACGAGUCGAGUUUCGAACGAACUUUUUUCGAGUCGAGCGCCGAACCGCUCGCGAGCAACUCGACUCAUUUGCAGCCCUACUUCAAACAUUAUACGAAAUUGCUUGAAAUUUAAGAGAGAACAGAUAAAAUUUAAACAAGGGGGAAAUGUAUUUUUACAUGAUUCUUUAUGAAAUAUGCAAUUUGAAUUUAAUGAAAGUUUAUAAUAAAGUGAACUAAAAUUGAAAAAAAAAACAACUUGAUGACUAAUGCUUGAGUCGACUUGAGUAAAAUUGUUGAUUAAUAAAGGGAACCAGACCUAACCUUACACCCAGAGGGCUGGGCCUGUCUCAAACCCAGCGUGGUUUAAAGAAAAACAUGCUCAAACCCAACCGAAGCAAUUGGGCUUUGGCCCGUUCUUUAGGUAACAAAUUUUCGCGGGACUCAACAAACGUCCCAAACAAGACUGUUCUAGAACGAGUCCCAAACCCCUAUUUAAAACCAAACCGGAUCCCCAUUCGACAGCUGCACGCGAAGACUCUGCCAUUCCCGCCGUCUGCUUACCCCCUCCUUCCCAGCCAGCAAUCAGAGAACUCGAUCGCCAUGGAUCCUCAGCCAGAGCCAGUCAGCUACAUCUGUGGAGAUUGUGGGACGGAGAACACUCUGAAGCCCGGCGAUGUCAUCCAGUGCCGAGAGUGCGGUUACCGCAUCCUCUACAAGAAGCGCACCCGCCGAAUUGUUCAGUACGAGGCACGCUAGAGAACGAUUCGCAUGCUGAUGACUGUGUUUACCGGAGUUGCUUGUGAUAACCCGAAAGGGCCCCGUAACUAAGACAAUAUUGAUGUUUGAGUGUUGCAGUUUGUAAACGUUACUGAGACAGACUUAAUGUCAUGAAAGUUUGUCAUUUUAUGGAAUUGUGUCAAUUUCUGUGGUGUUUUGGUCUUAAGUCCUUUUUCACGAGUGAUGUACACUUAACUAGCAGUAAAAGUGGCUCUUUCAGCAUAUAUAUAGGAAGGAGAAAAGUAAACUGCAUCCACUAUAGUAACUGUAAAAUAAAUAACAAGAAGUUAC